AUGUUUGAGAGAACUUUAGCAGACCUCGUUAGAGGCAUUCGUAAUCACAAGAAGAAUGAGGAGAAGUUCAUCAGCACCUGCAUUCAAGAGAUCAAACAAGAGUUGAGAGGUGAUAUGACCAAGAAGACAUUGGCCGUCCAGAAGUUGACCUAUCUUUCAAUGUUAGGAUAUGAUAUUGGAUGGGCAUCAUUCAAUGUUGUCGAGGUGAUGAGCAGCAUUAAGUUCUCAUCAAAGAGAAUUGGUUAUUUGGCAGCAUCACAGUCAUUCAAUGAAGGUACUGAGGUCAUUACAUUGGCCACCAACCAGAUUAGGAAGGACUUCUUGUCACAGAACCAAUACGAGGCAUACCUCGCAUUGAACUGUCUGUCAAACAUCUGUACACCAGACCUCGCACGUGACUUGGCCAACGAUCUCGUCACACUCAUGUCCACCCAAAAGACACACAUCCUCAAGCGCUCCAUCACCGUCAUGUACAAGGUGUUCCUGCGCUACCCCGAGUCACUAAGACCAGCAUUCCCCAAGCUCAAGGAGAAGCUCGAGGACCCAGAGCCAUCAGUUGUAUCCUGUGCAGUGAACGUGAUAUGCGAGCUCGCAAGGAAGAACCCAAAGAACUACCUUACCCUCGCACCAGUACUCUUCAAGAUAUUGACAAACAGCACGACCAACUAUUGGAUGUUCAUCAAGAUUGUCAAGUUGUUCGCCGCGUUGAUCCCACUCGAGCCUAGACUCGCCAAGAAGUUGGUCGACCCACUGACCAACAUCAUCAACACCUCGUCGUCCAUGUCUCUCCUUUUCGAGUGCAUCCAGACCUCGAUCACUGGCAUCAGCGACAACAUCCCCCUGAUGAAGCUCUGUAUCUCCAAGCUCAGAACGUUGAUUGAGCACCACGACCCCAACCUCAAGUACCUGGGUCUGCUCGCUCUGAACAACAUCAUGAAGAUCCAUCCCAAGGCCGUGUCGGAGCACCGCGAGCUCGUGCUCAACUGUCUCGACGACGAGGAUAUGUCGAUCCGUGUUCGUGCACUCGACCUGCUCUCAGGAAUGGUCAACAAGAAGAACAUCCACGAGAUUGUCAUCAAGCUGCUCAACCACAUCGAGACGUCCGAGGGCACAUACAAGGACAAGAUCGUCGAGAAGGUCAUCGAGCUCUGCUCGCUCGGCACCUACCAGUACAUCACCGACUUUGAGUGGUACAUCAACGUGCUCUGCAAGUUGUCCGAGAUCACCGAGACCCUGCACGGCAAGCUGAUCGCCUCGCAGAUCCUCGACGUGGUGAUCCGUGUCAAGGUGGUGCGUGCCUACGCCGCCAAGGCCAUGAUCAACCUGCUCAAGAACCCCAAGCUGAUGGCCAAUCCCAAGGAGGACGGCAUCUGUGAGGUGUUGUACGCCGCCGCCUGGAUCGUUGGAGAGUUUGCCAACUACGUCAACGAGCCACUGGCCUCACUCGAGGCCUUCUUGCAGCCCCGUGUCUCUGUCUUGCCCGCCCACAUCCAGAGCGUGUACAUGCAGAACACUCUCAAGAUCUUUGCCCACGCUAUCGCUUCGGCCAGCAGCGAGGACGUUGCUGUCGACUUCUCCGAGCAGACCACCACCUUUGAGGUCGAGCCAAUCUCCCAAGAGACCGUGGAUCAGUGCGUCAACGUGCUGCAGACCAGACUGCCCCUGUUCACCCAGAGCAUCCACAUCGACGUUCAGGAGCGCGCUUGUCUUGUCAAUGAGAUCUUGAAGUUCUACCUCACCACCAAGGACCAAGGCACCAACAUUGCCAGCGAGCUCGUCUCUUUGUUCACCGAGGCACUCAACCCAGUGGCACCAAAGGCUCAGCGCAAGGUACCAGUACCCGAGGGACUGGACCUGGACGCUUGGAUCAACGAUCCCAAGCUGCAAGAGAUGGAGGAGAGCGACGAGUCAGACAGCGAGAUCUUUGGCAAGUACGCCGACUCGGACGAUGAGACCGCCUCCAACAAGUCAUUCAACAAGGACGACUUGGAGAAGCAGAAAGAGGAGAGACUCAAGAGACAGGCAAACAACCCAUACAUGCUUGGCAACCGCGGUUCAGCCAAGUCAUCGCCUCACAUGGACCCAGAUGAGCCCACUCACAUUCCAGUGGCCAAGCUCCCAGAGAACUUGGGACCAGUCAUUGUUGGAGGACGUCUUGACUCGCUCGAGAAGAAGAAGACCUCAAGGAAGAAGCAGCAGGUGUUCAACAUUGACACCACCACCGAGAUGCCUGAGGGCGCCAAGGAUUCGGACAGCGAGGAGGAUCGUCGCCAGAAGGCCAAGACCGAUGCACUGAGUGCCAUCAGCUUGGAUGAACCAUUGAGCGCCAGCGACGUGCUACCCGUCAACCGUCAUCGCACCGAUAUCAUCAGAGACCGUGAGCGCGAGAGAGAGGCCGCCGAUAGAGCCAAGAAGCAGGCCAGCAGACAGGCACCAAACUACACUGAGCUCACAUCACCAGAGGUGAAGGGUCCACGUGGAGCCGAUGGAAAGAGAACAAAGAAGGGUGCCAAGGGUGCUGCCGCUGGCGAGCAAAAACCAGCUGCACCAGCUGCCCCCGCCAAGAAGCCAUUGACCUUUGUACCAGUUGCCAACCUCUCAGAGAACGAGUUCUUCACCAUCACCAACGACUUGCGCGCUGGUGACAACCCACAACAACUCAAACUUACACUCAAGCUGCUGAACAAGAGCGACGAAGACAUGUCCGAUGUGAAGCUGGUCGUCACACCAACCGAGGGAGUGACCGUCAACAACACAGAGAACGAUGUUGGUGUGCUCGAGGCUGGAUCCUCGACCGUCGUCAACCUUGUGCUCACCGUUUCCAACAUCAUCAAUGCCGGCCUCCACAACGUGGCCUUUACACUCACCGCCACCCCAUCAUCCUCGCCCGACGUCAGCGUCACAUUCGAAGUGUCCACUCCCAUCCAGCUGUUCAUCGUCGGCGUCAAGCUGUCCAAGGACAAGUUUGCCGAGAUACUCCAGAAAGAGUCUGCCCAGCUGUUCCCCAGCUCGGUCAAGGUUCCAGGCGUCGCACUCCAGGUUUGCAUCGAUCGUCUGCACGAGCGCAUGCAGUUCGAGGUGGUGCAGAUGCAUGCCUCUGGAUCCACCGUGUCGUUCUAUGCCAAGACGACAGCGUCACAGCACAUUGCCAUGUUGGUCAAAGAGAGAGAUGGCGUGGCCUGUUUCGAUGUCAAGUCCUCUGACGCACAGCUGUCUGGACUCGUGACCAAAGAGAUCAAGGCUCUCUUUGCCUAA